CUGACUGGACAUACUUUGCCCUCCCUAGUUGCCCAACAAAUUAGCUACAACCCACUCCUUUAAAUCAGUUUGUCCUUUCCAAAUCUAUUUCAUCCACAAAUCUUCUAACGCCAUGGACCUUAUAUCCUCCCACCUCCCACUACUGCUAACUCACAUUCCUUCAUAUAUAUAACCAAAGCAUACUUGUUUUGGGAGCCAGGUCUCCUCCCUCAUUUAGCACUCUCAAUAUUGGACUCAAGUCAAGCGCAAAUUGUCAGGAUUUCGAAGCACAGAAAGAUGAAAGGGAAGAAGGGUAGUAUCCAAAUCGACAUUCCUUCGGCUACCAAAAGUAAUAAACAGCCGGGAAGCGGGAAGGAGUUCGGGUAUGGUGAUGCGUUCUCAUGCAAAGCAUGGUUAUGGAGUGUUUGGGAAUUUUGCAAGGAAGAUAGCAACAGGGUGAUAUUUGCUCUCAAAGUUGGGCUAGCUGUCCUGCUAGUGUCCUUGCUCAUAUUGCUCCGCGCACCCUAUGAAAUUUUCGGCACCAACAUUAUUUGGUCGAUCCUCACCGUCGCCAUCAUGUUCGAAUAUACAGUUGGUGCUACUUUCAACCGAGGAUUCAACCGGGCACUCGGCAGCUUACUCGCAGGGAUUCUGGCCGUCGUGGUUGGUCAGCUCGCUUUAUGCGCUGGCCGGGUUGCUGAACCUUUUAUAAUUGGCAUUAGCAUUUUCCUCGUUGGAACUGUUACAUCGUUCAUGAAACUGUGGCCCUCGCUCGUUCCGUAUGAGUACGGAUUCAGGGUCAUACUCUUCACCUUCUGCUUGAUAAUAGUAUCUGGUUAUAGGAUGGGGAGCCCCAUAAGGACGGCGAUGGGUAGGCUCUACUCAAUUGCGAUUGGAGGGUUUGUGGCAGUCAUAGUGAAUGUGCUUGUUCAUCCUAUCUGGGCCGGAGAGCAGCUGCACAGGGAACUGGUCAAGAGCUUCGACUCGGUCGCUGACUCGCUAGAAGAGUGCGUGAAGAAAUAUUUGGAAGACGACGGUUCAGACCAUCCAGAGUUUUCCAAGACAGUCAUGGACGAAUUUCCUGACGAGCCUGCUUACCGGAAAUGCCGUGCAACGUUGAACUCCUCAGCGAAGCUUGAUUCUUUGGCAAAUUCAGCGAAAUGGGAGCCUCCUCAUGGAAGAUUCCGACACUUCUUCUACCCGUGGUCAGAGUACGUCAAAGUUGGGGCAGUCUUGAGAUACUGCGCUUACGAGGUCAUGGCUCUUCAUGGUGUUCUGCACUCAGAGAUUCAGGCUCCAUACAAUCUCCGGAUUGCCUUCCGCUCGGAGAUCCAAGACGUUGCGAAUCAAGCAGCCGAGCUGGUGAGGAGCUUGGGGAAGGACAUAAGUAGCAUGAAGAAAACACUCAAGACCUCUCUGCUUAAAAGAGUUCACUCCUCCGCCGAGAAGCUGCAAGGCGCUAUGGACCUGCACUCCUAUCUCCUCACAUCCCACAUCGACACGCCUGAAAAACCUUCCAUCAGCAAGCCGCUCAAUCCAAAGCCCGAUGAAAGCUCUGGCGAACAAACCUCGGGGCCUGCUGCGCAGCCCGAGACGUACCAUGAGAUGAUGAGGAGGCAAUCGAGGAGGCUUUAUUCCUGGCCGUCAAGAGAAGUCGACGCAUUCGAAGAAGAGGGAGUGUUGAAUAUGGAUUUUUUGCCGAGAAUGAAUGCGCUCGAGAGUACCGCAUCGCUUUCCCUCGCGACGUUCACUUCCCUGCUCAUUGAGUUCGUGGCUAGGUUGGAUCAUUUGGUCGAAGCAGUUGAAGAGCUCUCUAAGAUGGCCAAGUUCAAGUCCGAGGCCCUGUAACUGUGAGAGACUGAAACGACUUCCUAAACAAAAUGUUCGCUUCACAUAAUACUGAAAAAGGAUGGGGGUAUACAUGAAGUUUCUUGUAAACCAGAACAACGUGCCUUCAGGAGCACAAUACAUAUAUCAUGUAAAAUCAGAGUACAAGAGCCGACGGAUGGAACUAGUUGUGAUUUUUUCCUUGCUUAAUUAAUACAAUCUAUGGAGUGUUUUUCUGAGUA